CUUAGAAAUCUAUAGUUGUGCCAAUCUAAAAUCCCUACCUAAGAGGAUGCAAAAUCUUGCCUCUCUUCAAUGUCUAACAGUUUGUGACUGUCCAUGUCUUGAGUCGUUUCCCAAAGGGGGUUUGUCCCCUCAACUAUUAGUACUGGAGAUCUGGGAUUGCAUAAAUUUGAAGGAGCCAAUGUCAGAGUGGAACCUACACUCUCUAGCCUCUCUUAAAGAGCUCAUCAUUGUUGGUGCACCAGAUACAGCUUCGUUCCCUGAUGAAAAGUGUCUGCUUCCUACGACUCUCACUUCUAUACUCAUUUCUAGACUCAACAGUUUGGAAUCUCUAUCCACAGAACUACUAAACCUGACCUCUCUUGAAGAGCUAGAAGUCAACGAUUGUCCAAAGCUUCAAGAGUUGCCAAGGGAAGGAAUGCCUGCAACACUUGAAAAACUUUGUAUCAGAAACUGUCAACUUCUACAACAACGAUUAAAGAAGAAAGGAGCAUAUUGGCCGUUGAUAGCCCGCAUUCCUUGUAUAGAAAUAGAUGGUAUCUCUUCUUGUUUUCUGUUAUGUUCGGAUAAACUUUUGUUGGACUACUUAAUUCUUGUUGAGGCUGGUGGUGAUGGAUUCAAGGAGGAGGAGAACCACAGAGCCCCUUACCUUCUCUCAGAGCUACUUUGGGUCUUCCCUCUGGUAUCACAGUUGAAUGAAUGUCUGGACCGUAUGAUAGAAACUCAUCCAAAACGCUUAAAUAGAAAGCAACUGUCUCCUCAGCCGCCUGCUGUCUACUUUAGGCCAAGAGUUCCAGCAAGAACCAAAGCAAUGCGUAUUCUACGUAUCGUAAUUCUUUUGCAUGUUUCAGAGCCGAGCUGGCAUCCAAGCACUGGCAGCAUCUUCCUUGAGCUCGAGGAUUUCCAACUUCUGAACAACGGAUGACACUAACCAUUUGUACACAUACUUGGUACUUGUAUCAGCAAAUAAACUGUAUGGUUGAAU